AUGGCUGAGGAGGAGGGACAGGAAGUUAUCUUCACCGAGAACACUGCGCCCGAUCGUGAGAUCUGGGAUGAGAAGGGCGGCCUCAUCAAGAAGGGUGCUGCCGAGAUUGCUGAGAGAGAUCAGGACCAUGUGCCAGAGGUCAAGGUGCUGACUACCUUGGGCAUGUUUGCCGUGCCGGUCACUGCGGAGACUACGAUAGGCGAAAUCCGGCAGAAGGUACAGGAGUGGAAGCCAGAGUACUCCCUCGAGCAGAUCGAGCUCGUGUGCAAAGACAAAGACGCAUGGGGUCCUCUCUUCAACAAAACUUCCCGACCACGCGAUGAUGAUGAGACCGUGGAAUCCUUGUGGAGUGACUGGGACAUUCCGCGCCGCAUGAUGCAGGUAGCUCUUUGGAUCAAGGAAAAGAAUGAGGAGACCGGUGAGUGGGAGUCCACUUUUUGGAAGAUGCUCGAAGAAUCCAAGUGCGAUGCAGCGGCCUCGGUUAGCACGUUGUUGGCUGCCCGGCAUCUUGGAAGCCUGUCGCUGCUGCAAGUCGCGGAAAUGCACACUGAGAUUUAG